GGUAAUGAAGCACCGGUACCAUGAUACCAAAUGUGCGUAACAAAGUUGAUUCCUCUUCACAUUGUAAGCUUCAUACUACAUCAGUGUUCAACAUUCUCUUUGCUCGAGCUCUACAACUUCGUGUCCCGUCUUCGCCAGCAAUCAUUGUCAACUCUGUUACCCCCGGACUCUGUUUCUCAAACCUCGGAUCUGGUAGCCCCGCUGAGGAGGCGGAACACUCGCGAAAUAGGCAAAGGGACUUUGCGUUCACUACGGAAGAAGGGAGCCGACAGUUGGUAUAUGCUGCCGUGGGUUCUCUAGAUGACGAGGAGAAGUUU